AUUUUACGCGGCGCUCGGCGGGCCGAAAGACCGAGAAUGAAUAACCCGGUCUCAACCGGUUCUAACCGGUCUGCUGUUGGAAGCAUGAGCUUAGAGGAAGCGCACUUUUCCACGACCUAAUACAUCUCUGCUGUCGCACAAUGUGCAAACAGGAUCAGAAAUAAAACUAGACUAUUUCAAUUCGUGAUUUUGACUCGGAAUAUCGUUCCAUCUUUGACUCCGUGAAUUUGUUGCUGUUAGCUUAGCUGAAGGAUUUAGCCUGUAGUCCUUAAUCAUCAAUGACUUUUCUAUUAUCAGUCGGGUUUAGUAACUGAUAGCUGAAAAUAGGCACAAUUUUCAUAGUGAUUGGAGAAAAGAAGGAUUAUCCGACAUUUCUAGUUUUAAAGUAAGUCGAAGUAGACUGUGUAAAGCUAUUUUAACUUGGCGUUGGUUGCUUUGUGUCAUCUCCGGAAGCUAACAUUAGCAUUUAGCCUGUGAGUGCUAGCUGAAGUGUAGCAUCAGUGUUUGCAAUGAGAUAACGCUUCAUACUGCCUUUCACGCACUGAGGCUCAGAGCAUUUCGGCGUCCAGCUACAGGACAAUUACCACAACACUAGUUUUACGACAAGUGGACAGCACAAACCAGGAAGCUCUAUGCCAGCAGAAAUGACAAUGUUGGCCGAUCAUCCAGCCAGACAGUUGCUGGACUUCAAUCAGAAACUUGACAUCAAUCUGUUAGACACUGUUGUCAACUCCAUGUACCAUGACAUCGGUACCCAGCAACGAGUGGCUCAAGAAGUGCUAACAAACCUGAAGGACCAUCCUGAUGCCUGGACGAGGGUUGACACCAUUCUGGAAUUCUCUCAGAAUAUGAAAACCAAAUAUUAUGCGCUCCAAAUUCUGGAGGCCGUCAUCAAAACACGUUGGAAGAUUCUCCCAAGACAUCAGUGUGAAGGAAUCAAGAAGUAUGUCGUCGGCUUGAUUAUCAAGACUUCCUCUGAUCCUGCAAACAUGGAGAAGGAAGGGGUGUACAUUUCAAAGCUCAACAUGAUCCUCGUACAGAUCUUGAAACAAGAAUGGCCCAAACACUGGCCCACUUUCAUCAGCGAUAUCGUUGGUGCCAGUCGGACCAGCGAAAGCCUCUGUCAGAACAACAUGAUCAUCCUGAAGCUCCUCAGCGAAGAAGUGUUUGACUUCUCCAGUGGCCAGAUUACGCAAGUCAAAGCCAAACACCUGAAAGACAGCAUGUGCAACGAGUUCUCUCAGAUAUUCCAGCUGUGUCAGUUUGUGAUGGAAAACUCCCAAAAUGCACCACUGGUCCACGCCACCCUGGAGACUCUGCUUCGUUUUCUGAACUGGAUUCCUUUAGGAUACAUCUUUGAGACGAAACUCAUCAGCACACUGGUCUUCAAGUUUCUCAACGUUCCCAUGUUUCGAAACGUGACGCUGAAAUGUUUGACUGAGAUUGCCGGAGUGAGUGUCAACCAGUACGAGGAGCCGUUCAUCAACCUGUUCACCUCCACCAUGUCUCAGCUCAAACAGAUGCUGCCGCUGAACACAAACAUCAAACUGGCAUACGCCAACGGGAAAGAUGACGAGCAGAAUUUUAUCCAGAAUCUGAGUCUGUUCCUCUGCACCUUCCUCAAAGAACACGGGCAGCUGGUGGAGAAAAGACCCAACCUGCGUGAGACACUCAUGGAGGCUCUUCACUACAUGCUGUUGGUUUCGGAGGUCGAGGAGACAGAGAUCUUCAAGAUCUGUCUGGAGUACUGGAACCACUUGGCUGCAGAGUUGUACAGAGAGAGCCCCUUCUCCACAUCAAGUACCCCUCUGCUGUCUGAUGUUCCACCUCGAAGACAUCUCUACCUGCCUGUGCUUUCUCAGGUGCGUUUGCUGAUGGUGAGCCGCAUGGCCAAACCAGAGGAGGUGUUGGUGGUGGAGAACGACCAGGGUGAGGUGGUCAGAGAGUUCAUGAAGGACACGGAUGCCAUCAAUCUGUAUAAGAAUAUGAGAGAAACUCUGGUAUAUCUGACACAUCUGGACUAUGCAGACACUGAGCGAAUCAUGACGGAGAAGCUCCACAACCAGGUGAACGGCACUGAGUGGUCAUGGAGGAACUUGAACAUGCUCUGCUGGGCCAUCGGGUCUAUAAGCGGGGCGAUGCAUGAGGAGGAUGAGAAAAGGUUUCUGGUUACAGUGAUCAAGGACCUGCUUGGCUUAUGUGAGCAGAAGAGAGGGAAGGAUAACAAGGCCAUCAUAGCAUCCAACAUCAUGUACAUCGUGGGUCAGUAUCCUCGCUUCCUGCGAGCUCACUGGAAGUUCCUCAAGACCGUCGUCAACAAGCUGUUUGAGUUCAUGCACGAGACCCAUGAUGGUGUGCAGGAUAUGGCCUGUGACACGUUCAUCAAGAUCGCUCAGAAGUGCCGGCGUCAUUUUGUCCAGGUUCAGGUGGGCGAGGUGAUGCCCUUCAUUGAUGAGAUCCUCAACAACAUCAACACCAUCAUCUGUGACCUGCAGCCUCAGCAGGUCCAUACGUUCUAUGAGGCGGUGGGUUACAUGAUCGGAGCGCAGACGGACCAGGCGGUCCUGGAGCUCCUCAUAGAGAAGUACAUGCUGCUUCCUAACCAGGUCUGGGACAGCAUAAUCCAGCAAGCCACCAAGAAUGUGGACAUCCUGAAGGACGCCGAGACGGUCCGCCAGCUCGGCAGCAUCUUGAAGACCAACGUCAGAGCCUGUAAAGCCGUGGGUCAUCCUUUUGUCGUCCAACUGGGUCGAAUCUACCUGGAUAUGCUCAACGUCUACAAAUGCCUGAGCGAAAACAUUUCCUCUGCUGUCCAGACAAACGGUGAGAUGGUGACGAAGCAGCCUUUGAUUAGGAGUAUGAGGACGGUCAAGAGGGAGACGCUCAAACUGAUUUCAGGCUGGGUCAGUCGCUCCAACGACCCUCAGAUGGUGGCAGAGAACUUUGUGCCCCCCCUGCUGGAGGCAGUGCUCAUUGACUACCAGAGGAACGUCCCUGCUGCAAGAGAGCCAGAGGUCCUCAGCACCAUGGCAACCAUCGUCAACAAACUGGGAGUCCACAUUACGGGCGAGAUCCCAAAGAUCUUCGAUGCUGUCUUCGAGUGCACUUUAAACAUGAUCAACAAGGACUUUGAAGAGUUCCCAGAACAUCGAACCCAUUUUUUCUACCUGCUUCAAGCUGCCACCUCCCAGUGCUUCCCAGCCUUUCUGGCCAUCGCACCGGCCCAGUUUAAACUGAUCCUAGACUCCAUCAUCUGGGCCUUUAAGCACACGAUGAGGAACGUUGCUGACACAGGUCUACAGAUCCUCCUCACACUCCUGCAGAACGUGUCUGCAGAAGAGGCAGCAGCUCAGAGCUUCUACCAGACAUACUUCUGUGAUAUUCUGCAGCACAUUUUCUCCGUGGUCACAGAUACGUCUCACACCGCAGGUCUGACCAUGCACGCCACCAUCUUGGCCUACAUGUUUAACUUGGUGGAAGAAGGGAAAGUCAGCGUUGCUCUGAGCACCACCAACCCCACCAACAACCAGCUGCAUGUUCAGGAGUACAUCGCCAACCUGCUCAAAAUGGCCUUCCCUCACUUACAAGAUGCCCAGGUGAAGGUGUUUGUUACGGGUCUGUUCAGCCUGAAUCAGGACAUCCCAGCCUUCAAGGAGCACCUGAGGGACUUCCUCGUUCAGAUUAAGGAGUUUGCUGGUGAGGACACGACGGAUCUGUUCCUGGAGGAGAGAGAAGCGGCUCUUCGCCAAGCCCAGGAGGAGAAACACAAGCUGCAGAUGUCUGUUCCUGGAAUACUUAACCCCCAUGAGCUGCCGGAGGAGAUGUGCGACUAAAGCAAC